UUGCAUACAAAACACCUGUUCAAAGUCCAUUCCCAAUCGCGGAUAAUAUACUUUUUUUUAUUAUUUAUAAGAAAGGUUUAACUGUUAGUUGGAAUUGAAGAUCCGACUUACAUUCCUUACAUUUUCAGUGCAAAAAUGAUUAAAAAUUAUUUACCGUUGCUACAGAAAUCCAUUAGAAUUUCAGGUCAAUCAGCAUUGCAAGCUCCUGUCAUGAGUACCAGUAACCCAGUUCGUUCGCUAUGCGCCGCCCCAUCUGCCAAUUAUAAUUUUGAAACGCUCAAACUUUCCACCCCGAAACCGUUUGUGGUGCACGUAGAACUGAACCGACCGGAUCGGCUGAAUGCCUUCAAUAAGCGCAUGUGGAUCGAGCUGGGUGAGUGCUUUAGCACACUACACGACGAUCAGGAUUGUCGGGCGAUUGUUCUGUCGGGCGGGAGCGCGAAACAUUUCACCGCUGGAAUAGAUCUUCUGGAUAUGAUGAAACUUGGCCAACAGCUGGGAGAGAUUGAUGACAUUGGCCGGAAGGCUCGGUUGUUCGAAGGGCUCAUCAAACUGUACCAAGAUUCGAUAAGCUCGUUGGAGCGAUGCUACAAACCGGUCAUUGCUGCCGUUCAUGCUGCCUGUGUGGGCGCCGGAGUGGACUUGAUCACGGCUGCCGAUAUUCGCUACUGCACGAGAGACGCCUGGUUUCAGGUUAAAGAGGUGGAUAUUGGCAUGGCAGCGGACGUGGGAACGCUCCAACGGUUGCCGAAAGCGAUCGGCAGUCAGAGUUUGGCGCGUGAUCUAUGUUUUACGGCGCGCAAGUUCAAAAGUGACGAAGCUCACAGUUGUGGACUUGUAUCUGGUGUUUUUCAAUCACGCGAAGAUAUGGUACAGAAGGCGAUUGAAUUGGCUGAACAGAUUGCCAGUAAAAGCCCCAUUGCUGUACAGGGAACGAAAAAGAACAUGGUGUACUCGCUGGAUCACACCAACCAGGAAGGGCUGGAUCAGAUACGCGAGAUGAAUAUGGCUAAUCUACAGAGUGAAGACUUCAUCAAUGCCGUGAUGGCUCAGCAAAGUAAAGAUGAAAUGCCCAUUUUUUCUAAGCUGUAAGGUUUAUGGAUUUCUUUUACUUCAAUUUAAUGGGAUUGGAUACUUUUUCAAUA